UGUAAAACAUAACCUAAGAAAAUAAGAAAAAUGGCAGCGAACGAAAGGAAGGCAGAACCUCAUUCCGUAUGUAAACCACUUUUUCGUAAUCUUACGGCAGAUGAUCCUGAACCAGAGGCUACCGAAAUAGAAAGUCUUUGUGUAAAUUGUGGCAAAAAUGGCAUUACAAGACUUCUCUUGACUAAAAUACCACAUUACAAAGAUGUUGUGGUAAUGUCUUUUAAUUGCGAGAAUUGUGGUUUUCAAAAUAAUGAAAUUCAAAGUGGAAGUAAAAUAUCUGAAAAAGGUAUUAAAAUUACCUUACAAAUUAGCACGCCAAGAGACUUGAAUCGUCAAGUAAUAAAGUCAGAUUUUACCAGUGUUCACUUACCAGAACUAGAUUUUGAGAUCUUGCAGGGAUCUCAAAAAGGAGAAAUUACUACAAUUGAAGGUAUAAUAGAUCAUAGUAUCGAAGGAUUGGAACAAGACCAACCAAGACGCAAAGAAGAGUAUCCAGAAACCGCGGAGGAGAUAGAUAAAUUUUUAACAAGAUUACGAGAUCUUAAAAUACUAAGCAAACCAUUUACAAUUAUUUUUAAAGAUAUAUCUGGAAACUGCCAUGUUGAAAAUCCAAAUGUACCGCUUAAAGAUUCUCAGUGCAAAAUUACUUACUUUAAGAGAUCAGAAAAAGAAAAUCAUUUACUAGGAAUUUAUAACGAAAAUGAAGAAGCUCUUUUGAAACCUAUACAAGAUGGAGAACAUACGCUAGAAGAUAUUGAGGGUGAAGUUUUAUCUUUCCCUACAAAUUGUCCCGAUUGUAAUAGUCCUUGUGAGACUAAUAUGAAAUUGACAAAUAUACCUCAUUUUAAAGAAGUCGUGAUUAUGGCAACGAUGUGUGAAGCAUGCGGUCAUAGAACUAACGAAGUUAAAAGUGGUGGAGGAGUAGAGCCUCUAGGAGUUAAAAUAGAGGUAACCAUUACGGGAAAAGAAGAUUUUAGCAGAGACUUAUUAAAGUCUGAAACAUGUUAUAUGGAAAUACCAGAACUUGAAUUAGAAGUUGGGCCAGCAGCUUUAGGAGGCAGAUUUACUACUGUGGAAGGUGUUAUUGCAGCAACUAAAGAGCAAUUGUUAUCAUCUACAGCCUUCAUGGGUGAUAGUACAGAUGCUGAAAAUGUUAAUAGAAUUGAAGUAUUUAUAUCACAGCUAACAGACAUUCUUGAAGGGAAAAGAACAAUAACUUUAAUAUUAGAUGAUCCAGCUGGAAAUAGUUUUGUACAAACCCUGUCAGAUGACGGACCUGAUGAUAAAUUGAAAAUCACAAAAUAUGAAAGAAGCUUUGAACAAAAUGAAGAACUUGGACUAAACGAUAUUAAAGUAGAAAAUUAUGAAUAAUGUUGUGAUUUAUAUGAAAGAAUGCAAAUAUAAUAACAGGAAAGUACAAAGAAAGAAGAAUACCCAUUACAUUGAAUUAUAAAUAAUAAUAAUACGAUAUUGUAAUACAUUUUUAUCAUGGGGAUAAUAACAUUACACAUGUAAAUACAUGCAUUAUAUUUUGUUC